CGAGAAACUACACCACCCAAGAACAUAAUCCUGGAAGCUUGUAGAUGUCAUUUCUGCAUGACAGUAUGGCAGCGCCCUUGGAUCAGAAGCUUGGGCAUACAACAGUGAGCAGUAUCGCUCGGCCGUUGAUCGUUCCGGAAUUAUUCAGGUGAAUUCAGUGAAACCGGUGUCAUGAUGGAUAUCGAAGAUGAAGUAUUACGGAUUAAGAAGAAAUUGGAGAAGGCUAUGAAAGGCGGGAAGAAUAGUGAUUCUACGCUGGACAUGCUGAAGAAGCUUCAAGAGAUGCCGAUUACAUUGGAAGUGCUGACGAAAACUCGCAUAGGAAUGACUGUCAACGCGCUGCGGAAGAACGUCGGCGACGAUGCCGUAGUUGCCACUGCAAAGACCAUCAUAAAGGACUGGAAAAAAUUUUUGGCUCCUUCAGGAUCGAAAGACAGCGUUAAUGCAGCACCUGGGUGCAUCAGCGAAGAAAAUUCACGGGAUGGCGCCGAAAAAGAAAAAGACGCCGAGAGCAACGGUGGAAAAUCGGAAUCCGGCCCGGCGCUUUCGCGGGGUGAAAAAGAAGUUUCUUUUCCGCCGAGGCCUGUGACAACUGACAGUGUUCGGUUGAAAUGCCGGGAAAUGUUAACAGGAGUUCUACGCGGCGAGGAUAUAGAGGAUGUUAUGGCUUCGCCGGAAGAAAAAGCUGCGGAUUUAGAGCAGGCCAUUUUCGAUGAAUUCCGGAACACUGAUAUGAAGUACAAAAACCGCGUAAGGAGCAGGAUGAUGAAUUUGAAAGAUGCAAAGAAUCCGAUGUUGAAGGGUAAUUACAUGAGAGGCAUAAUCACGCCUCGGAAAUUGGCAGUCAUGACCCCGGAGGAAAUGGCUAGCGAUGAGAUGAGGGCCGUGAGACAGAAGUUCGUCAAAGAAGGAAUCGAUGAUGCUCAGCUGACUACUAAUCAAGGCACAAAAACGGAUUUACUGAAAUGCGGCAAGUGCAAGAAGAGGAACUGCACCUAUAAUCAAAUUCAAACACGGUCGGCUGAUGAACCGAUGACAACUUUCGUUCUGUGCAACGAAUGCGGGAACAGGUGGAAAUUCUGCUGAGCGUUUCCCUGCCCAGGAAGGACGAGAAAUCCCGGCUUCUGAGAAGCGCGUCUUCGGCUUGUUCCAAGCCUUUUAUUUGUUUUACGCUCCGACGAUUCUCCGCUUCCCAUUUUGAGCGCCCUCGCUAAACUUUGCUACGUUACUUCAAGAAAAGAAAAAAACCUUUUCAACAGCGAUUAAGUGAAGGAGGAGCUGUUAAGUGUUCGCGUGAAACAUACCGCAGUAUAACGACGAGGUCAGAAAACAACUUGAAUGCGUAUCCUCAAGUGGAAAAAUCGAUUUUUCUUUUUUUUUUUCUCUCAUUAUUUUGUGGAUCUCAGGAAAUUGAGGAGAGCGUGAAGAAAGCUUUGAGUUUCUGGGGUAUUGGGGGAUGCAGUUUUGAGUGAUUAGUGAGUCUUUGAAUUAUUUUUUCUCUUGUUUGCCAUAUUCUAUUCGACGUUUUGUGUACUACUAGUGCUGAUGACAGCGUGAUGUACAUAUGAGUUCCAUUCGAGUUCCAAAAUUACUGUUUUCCGUUGCCCAACUUCGUUGAUGUUUGUGAAGAGAUUGAAAAAUUAUUCAUUCAAUCCUUGUUUUCAACCUCGAACUCAUCGAACUGUUUUCUAAAAGUUCGGUAGCAAGAAAGAUGGUACCACCUUCACUCAUUUCCAAUUCUGACGAUGAGCGUCUGUUUUGCGUUGCUAACUUCGUUUUAUUCUGUAAUUAGAGUGAUCGUGACGAAAUGAAUACAGUGACUUUGGCCAGAUUCUUGAAGCCCAUCAGCCAUUAUCAUGGAAGUAUUCGGUCGACUUGGAUUUUGAAACGGAAAUAUGAACCGUAUCUGAGCAAAUUGAAAACGGAGCGGCCAAAAAUGUUGAGGAACAAGCACAGGAUAUACGAAUCCGUCGACAAUUUGACCCAUAGACUAGAAUAUCCAAUUGAAAUCCUACUGACGGAAAAUGUUGAAGGUCUUGGUCUCAAAGGAUCGAUCGUCAAAGUUAAACCACAUUUCGCCCGCAAAGAAUUGCUGUAUUUGGGCAAAGGUGUGUACGUGACGCCGGAAAAUUUGGCCCAGUACGAAAGCAAAGACAUCAGUGAAAUGAAAUCUGCGAAUAUAUCCUCGCCCGUCGUUCCGAUGAUAAACAAGCGAGAGAAAACCGCGAUACGGCUGAGGAUCGAACAUUAUUUCAAAGAAAUAGAACGCAGGAUCCCGAAAAGCGACACCUACUGGGAAGAACCGAAUGGUGAAGUAUUCGCUGAAGAUAAACCUGCAUUGGACGAAUUGAGGUCCAAUUAUGACCGACUCGCAAAAGAGAAGGUUCAUGAAAGGAUAAAGAAGCUUUCGUCACUAUCUUCGGGUUCAGAGUUGACUGAUAUCUCAAUUGUUAAGAAACUGCCAUGUUUGGAAGUGCUGUCCCUCAGCGUGAACAGCUUGAGCACACUGGCGGAUUUGCAGAAUUGCAAGGUUUUGCAAGAACUGUACAUACGGAAAAACAAUAUACAUGAUUUGUCGGAGAUUUGCUACCUCAAAGACCUCAGGAAGCUCAAAUGUUUGUGGCUUGCAGAUAAUCCCUGCGCUGACCACGAAAUGUACAGGAUGACGGUGUUGAAGCACUUGCCGCAAAUUCAAAAAUUGGACAAUGUUGACGUAGAGCCGGAAGAGAUACGGGAAGCUCACGAUCGAGGUUUGGAUUUGAUUCAUCCUUUGGAACGGCAACCCGGAAGUGGUUAUUCCUAUGUCUCUCCACCACAAGCCUACCAAGCUAACAAUUCACCAUCACCGGCAGCUAAAGAACCUGCUUCAGUGACCAGUUCGGGCAAACGAGGUGGCACGCUUGUUGAGCAGCCUAUAGCGGAGGAUAAAGAGCUUGUGCUUGUGUCGGAAACCACUGUGCAACGCUUGCACAUUUCCGAGUCGAAGGACAGUCUGGCGAGUGAGAAACACUACGAGAGUCCAGCUCCUUCCAUGGAGUCUUACGAAUACGAGGAAAUCGUCUCUCCGAGACGUCCUGCGUCCGCAAGUGCGCCGCCGUCGCGAAAACCGAGUCAGUGUGACGCUGGCGGCGGUGAUGGACUGUACGGGGUGCGAAGGCAUUCGCAGAUCGAAGCUCCAGUCUCGUAUGAAAACCAAAGAAUGGCGUCUUACGGGGUUAGGCGGCCAUCCGUGAUUGAGGAACCGCCGCAGAGGUUGCCGGAAGAGUUCUCUCCUCCAUAUCAGGUGGACUUCUCUCCCGAGUACAACCUGCUCCAGAUGCAACAGCGUCAGCAGCAACAGCUGGAGGAAAUGCGUCGACAGGAAGAGCUGAGGAGACAGUCGGAGGCGUACCAUCAGCAGUCUGUUGAACAGAUUGAACCAUUCCGUAAUGUCAACACUUCUCCGACCCGCAAUUUCGCCCCGCGUCAGAAGCACCGUUCGUCCAACAUCCUGUCAGCCGUUUUGUGCCUGCUGAAAGAGCUGGACGUGCGCAGCUUGGAAGUAGUUGAGAUGUCAGCAAGAGGCCGGAUUGAGGAGUUGCUAGAGGACUAGCUGAAGAAAAGAACGCACUGUAAUGAUUUAACACAACGAAGGGUGACUAAAAAUGAUCUGUGCGAAGCGUGAAGGAGAGCUGUGGACAAAAUUUUAUUGAUCAUCGAACUUCGGUUUCCCGUUUAUAGAGAAAACAAAUCAGCGAACAGCUUCGGUUAUGCGUUGAGUGGGCUGUAAUUGGAUUGUUUUAAAUCAAUGCAUCUUGGAAAAAAAUUUCCGAUCACCUCAAGCUUCGGAUUUCUUGCCAGUACGAUUUUAAUAUCUUGGUGACUGAAUUGGAGCUUGACGCUGAAAGAAGCUCAAGUGAUUUUUUUUUUUUUUU